GAGGAGGGAGGAAGGCCAGAGAAAGGGAGCUGCCUGGAGCCCGUACUUCCCAGAGCCUGCUUGGAGCGCGCACUCAGCGGCUCUCCUGGUCCCAGCGUCCCCGCCGCGGCCCGCGCCCGCGCCCCGCGGCCCUGCACCUCCUCCUCUUCCUCCUCCUCGUCCUUGGGCACCCCUCGCCCCCCCCCCCACUCCCCGCUCCAGCAGCUGCUAGGCUCAGGCAGUGGCAGCCCCCAGCCCAACUCGGCCACAUCCCCAACUCUCUGGGCUCACUCCCGGGACGCGCGCCCUCGCCCCAUCCUUUCUUCCUUCCUUCCUUCCCUCGCGCCCGCCCUCCCUCUCCAGGUCUUUCUCCCGGGUCGCGAUUGUCUCCGUUCCCUUCUCCGUCGGCCGGCGCCCUCGCCCUGCCCAGGCUCUUCCCUCGCACUUCCUGAGGCGCCUGCCGCCGCGGGAGCCCCAGCCGCCGCUGCCCCCGCUCCAGCCCCCGCAGCCCGCGGCGCCCCGCCCGAGGGAGCCCCGGCGCCCGGGGAAGGGAAGAGCGGGCGAGCGCGCCCUCGCCCAGCCCCGCGCCCCAGCCCUGCCCCGCGAGCCAGGACCGGGAAGAUGAACAACGGCGGCAAAGCCGAGAAGGAGAACACCCCGAGCGAGGCCAACCUUCAGGAGGAAGAGGUCCGGACCCUAUUUGUCAGCGGUCUCCCACUGGAUAUCAAACCUCGGGAGCUCUAUCUGCUUUUCAGACCAUUUAAGGGCUAUGAGGGUUCUCUUAUAAAGCUCACAUCUAAGCAGCCUGUAGGUUUUGUCAGUUUUGACAGUCGGUCAGAAGCAGAAGCUGCAAAGAAUGCUUUGAAUGGCAUCCGCUUCGAUCCUGAAAUUCCACAAACACUACGACUAGAGUUUGCUAAGGCAAACACGAAGAUGGCCAAGAACAAACUAGUAGGGACUCCAAACCCCAGUACUCCUCUGCCCAACACUGUACCUCAGUUCAUUGCCAGAGAGCCAUAUGAGCUCACAGUGCCUGCACUUUACCCCAGUAGCCCUGAAGUGUGGGCCCCGUACCCUCUGUACCCAGCGGAGUUAGCGCCUGCUCUACCUCCUCCUGCUUUCACCUAUCCCGCUUCACUGCAUGCCCAGGUAAUUUAUACCCAUCGGCCACGACUUCACUCACUCCACCACCAAUCUUUUCAAACCUGGUUUCCCAGAGCACACCAUACAACUAACACCUAUCCAGCUAACAAAUCCACCUUCAAGAGAUUAAUGAUCCCCUCUAAAUCAAGCUGACACUCCUCCAGGACCUAAGAGGACCAUCUGACAGCAACGGUAUCACCCACUGCCUGACGUUUGCCCCAAACGACACCUCUCUCUUCCUUAAUGAUCUCACCCUCAUGUCACACACGAGAGACUGGGGCCAGGUCGCUUCCCCGGCUCCCCGCCAGCUGGAGGGCACCCCCGGGGCAUAGACGUGUGCAAGGGCUGCAGAGAGAGGUGUGCACUUGUACAAGAGAUGUGUGUUUCUGUGCGUGUGUUUAUGUAUUGAAAGAUUUCUGCUUCUUGCUUUAGUGACUAAAGAGGAAAGUUUGGAGCUUCCAAGAGGAAGACUAUGCUGUCUCACAAAUGUGAAGGGAAAGAUUAAGGGUGGUUGUUCCCAUUUUUAGGAAGCCCUGUAGAAAAGGAGGGUCUAUAUGGUACCUAGAAUAUAAUUACAGGUUAAGAGAGAGAUCUCUGCUCUGGCUGGCUUUCUUAGAUAAGAAUAGGCUGAGUUUUAUAAACAGACUCUCUUGUUUAUCCACAAAGCAUAUGGUCUACAUACUAACCGUUUCUCUGCCCUUGGAGAACAUGUCCUUCUUAGCUUGACUUUUAGUGCAAGUAGUGAUCAAAGGUAGGAUUCUACUUUGAAUGUAACCUUUUCCUCUUUGGCCUCAGAGAAUGGAGGUAGUAUCAAAUAAGAUAAGAAGGAACACAGGUUUUGUUUUUCUGACUGCAUGUAUAACUCCUUUCAGUAGGAAGAUCUUCUCUUUUAAAAAAUUGUUGGGCUGGACAGGUGGGGGGGGUUAUUUAUGUGUUUUGUUUCAUGUUUAUUUACAAGGCUGGAUGAAAUAAACAACUUCCCAGAAAACUCUUCCUUCUGACGUAAAACUCUUUUGUGUUGUACCAAACUCAGUCGGUUGAUUAAGAUACCUGUGAGCAGUCCCACAGAGGGUCCUCAGAUUCCAUGGGGUCAGUCAGGAGCGUGGUUGGCUGAACAUCCUUCCUGUCUCUUCCACCUGAGCUGUGAGUGCUUCGUGUACUGACGACCCAGCCUCCCAGGGUUGCUGCCCCACUGGGCCCAGGCACGAUGCAGGCAGACAGAGUCAAAGAGCGGGCCUCAGUGCCUUGGGCCCAGUAGCGGUUACCCACUGUGUUGGGAGAAGGAGGUAGAAAGUAGUACUUUUGUGAGGGGGAAGUGGGGGGAAUGUAGUAGAUGGUUGUGGUGAGAGUACUUGGCACAGAAACCAUUGUGUCCGGAUUGUUCUGAGUCUGAGUACACCAUUUCUGGAGUAGCUGUGCCUUUUCCUUGUCCAUGCCACUGCCUGAUAGUCGUUGUGAUGGCAGGUGGCAGGGGAGCAGAGAGGGGCAUGAAGCCUUUGUCUCUGGUUGUCCAUCCUGGGCUGUAACUUUGUAGAUGACACGGAGGAACUAAAGAGCCCUUCUGCCAGUCUGCUACCCCCCACCCCCUCUGUGAAUGGUACAUCUCCUCCACUCCUCGCCUCUUGCUGAGCUGCCCAGUUUUCUUUUUUCAUACCGUGUACAUAAUACAGAUCAAUUGGCAAUUAAAAACAUUAAUAAAUACCAUGAAACAGUGCCAAGUUUGCAUCGUCUUUUGAAUAUCCAUGGCUUUGGUUAAUCAGCAACAAAGCCUUUCACCAUUACCUUGUAUAAUCAAGAGUUGGCCGUGUCCAGAAAGGAGUGGGAGCAUUGGCUUUGGGGCAUGACAUCUGGGUAAUGGAUGAAAUCAGCAGUAAUGAUAUGGUGUAAUAUGCCAUUGUGAGGAAGGAUGGGGAGAGAGUGACAAGGUUAGAAUGGAAUCAACCAUUGACUUAAUGGGGUGCAAAGCCCAUGGUGGGACCCUCCCCUGUUAGUUCUUCCGUGAUCCACUCAGCUUUGCCACAGCUGUCCUAGAUUUGGUGGAACUCUCAUCUGAUAUCAGUGAGAUCCAUGUACUCUACCUCAUUCUUCUGUGGAGUCAUUCCUUCUGUAGUCUUGGGCUCCAGAUCCCAAAGACUCACAAACAAAUAUGAUUAUUUAAUUUUAUCUGUCCAAUAUGAGAAUCGUAGAAUGAACUGGUAGAGGCUUUACAAAUCAGCCGGUCUGACCCCUUUUACAGAUGAGGAAACAGAUCCGAGAAGAUGGAGAGUUACCCACAGUCACAGUGGCUCUGCCAUGACCCAGGUCACCUGCCUCCUGGGCCUUGCUCUUGCCACCCAGCAGUGCUGGCUAACCCAAGACUUAGUCUUUAAUGGAAUUCCGUGACUCCUUGGAACUUUCUUCUCUAACUAGAUGGGAAGCCUGUAAGAAGAGACUUGGAGGCAAAGACAAGGAAAGCAGCACUUACUUCACCCCAGGAUCCUAAGAGAAUUUUUACUAAUUGGUGGUAGCACAGAGAGGGGAAGGCCAAAGCGGAGCAUCUGCCCUUGGUGGAUAGUUCAGUUUUUGUUUCAAAAAUCUUAUAAUGUCUUUGGAGAAGUUUAUAAAUAAUUUUGCUUUUCUUAGCAAUGUUGUGCUCUGUUUUGAGACAUGGAUUUUUUUUUUU